AUGCCUUAUUCAUUUAAACUCUUAGUGCAUGAUGUCUAAUUACAAAUUACAGAUCCAAUUUUGAUCUCUAGUCCUUCUCUUUCAUUCACUAUUGCUAAUUAUCCUAAAAUUAUAGUUAACGGAAAAUGUCCUAUAAGUAAUAUAAAAGGAACAUAUGAUUAACAGAAACCAUUUGGUCAUGGGAAAUCAAUUUUAUUGCAUUUGAAUUAAGAUAAAAUGACAGACAUACUUAGGGAAAUGCCCCUUGAAAUAUUAUUUUUGAAUGGACAAGCAAUUGUAGCUGGAGCAAGAAUCAAUUUAGAGCAUUUUAUUCCAGAUAUUGAUUCAGAGUUAAAGUUCAAAAGAGGCAAUUUUCAUUUACUAGAUCAUUUUGGAAAACCUUAUUUAUUAGCUGAUAUUUCAAUAAGCAUACAUGAUCCAGAUAAGAUUCCAGAAGUUUUGAAAGAGGAAAAAGAAAGAUAAAUCUAAAUGAUGAAAUAAAAAUAACAACAAGAUUAUUUAUAAUAACUAGAGAAGCCAACUGAUCCAGAACCAGUCCCUGAUUAAAUUGUUUAUAAUAAAAAGAAGAAAUAAGAUUCUACUCCAAAACAUUAAUAUUCACAUCCAAACACAUAAUCUGAAUAAAGAAGUCCAAGAAAUAUGAAUGAUGUUGAAUAAAUGAGUUAAUAACCAAAAAUUAAUAUUCAACAACAAUAUUAAUAAACAAUGCAAUCAACUUAACCUAAAAUUCAAUAAAGACCUGUAAGUGCUACACCUAAAUCAAAUAUCAAAUCCAAUUCUAAAUAACCAAAUAGUUUUCAUGAAUCUAAAGCAUCUUAAAAAUAACCUAUUAAAAAACCCUUAAAACCAGCACUCAAAGUAAAUUAAAAAACAUCCAAACCAAUUCCCUAGAAUCCAUAACCAUAAUAAACAAUUAAAAAGAAUCCAAAUUCUGUAAUUAUACCAGAACCAGAUGAAAUUAAAGAUAUUCCUAUAACUGAAUGGGUUAAUUAACUUUAUUGUCCUCCACCUAUGUUUCUUGAUAAGAAAGUAUAUGUUCACAAGAUUUAUAAUGCACCUGAAGAACAAGUUGAGAAAUAUGUUAAACCUGCUAAAUUCUAUUCUGUAGGUAUACAAACAGAUUUUUAAUUACCUUUUAUUAAAGCUUAAUAAACUGAAUACUCUUAGGAUCCAUAAGAUUACACUCCUAAAGAUAGAGUAUAAACAUAAACAAUUGUAUCUGAUAAUUAUUAAGAGGAUUUUGAAAGUUUUGUUUAAUCUUAAUCCUAAUUUUCAUAGAGUUAAUAACAAAAACAAUCAAAAACUCCAAGAAAUUAACCUUCUUCAAAUAGAAGAACUACUUCUAUUUAAGAAGCUGUUGAAGAAGAUGUUAUAUCAGAUAUAUAUUCUUAAGAUUUUGAAUAAAUUAGUUAAAGUUAAACUUUUAAAAGAAGUUUAUCAAAAAAAGAUGAUGUAUCAGAUUCAUACAUCCCAGAUUUUGAAUCUAUAAGUUAAUCCUAAUAAUUCAGGAAAAAGUGA